ACAAUGACAGAAGCCUGAAUCCUGAAACUGUUAAAUUCUGAAACAUUAGCAACUCUCUCUCAAUUCUUACAUCAAAGAUAAAAUCUUGAAGAAACCUCAGAUUGCACGAACAUAGACUAAAACCAGAUCCCAUGAACUAAAAUUCCAUGCAAACAAAAGGGAAACGCUACAAUAAAAGCAGGAAACAAGUACAGAAACAGAAAGUCACUGCAGAUAUCCUAUGUUGUAAGGAAAAAAAAAACACCUUGAAAAGAUUGUUUUACAUAAAUACAAUCAGCUCAAAAAGAUAACACCUAUUUAUCAGAGUCCAUUACUUGUCAAUCUCUCUCUUUCUUGUGACCAUAAUUCAAGAUUUCCUUUUCCUUAUCCCAAAAUCCUCCUAUCCUUUUCUUCAUAAUUACACCACUUGCCACUCCCACACUCCCAUGAUAAAAAAUCCCUUCUCACUCUCAUUCCCUCACUUCACUCUAUCUAAUAAAUCCAAACUUUCUGUCACUUUCCCGAGAAAAUCAGGAUUUUUCCGGGAAAAUUUCCAAACUUUCUCUUUUAAUGGAGCCGCUACCGGACCAUCUCCGGUGCAAGAGGACAGACGGUCGGCAAUGGCGGUGCAACCGGCGGGUGAUGGAGGAUAAGAAGCUCUGUGAAAUUCAUCACCUUCAGGGCCGCCAUAGGCAGUAUAGGAGGAAAGUGCCCGAGACUUUGAAGUUGCAGAGAAAGAAGAGCAAGAAAUCAUCAGCAUCAAGUUCUAAUUUUGAAGCCCUAAGUAGGGUUUCUUUGAAAGAGGGCAAAUUAGGGAAAUUUAAGAAGAAAGGAAAGAAAUUGAAGAGGGGAGAUUUACAGCUGGAUUUGAUAAGGAUGGUUUUACAGAGAGAAUUGGAGAAGAGAAAGAAUAAGAAAACGAAAGGGUUUUCAGAGAAAGAGAGUGUUAAUAAUGGUGAAGGUAAUGAUAAUGUGAAUGAUUGUAGUGGCAGUGAUAGUGAAGAAGAAGGUGAAGGGGAAGAGUUAAUGAGAGAUUUGCCAAAUGGGUUCAUGGCAAUAUCACCUGCCAAGAAUUUUGGGAAUGGCAAUGUGGGUUCUUGUUCUGGUUCACAUGUUGACGUUAAGGUUGGAGGGGGUGGUUUCAAUGGGGUUAAUACUGCUAGAAGAUGUUUUAGGUCUAAAAAUAUUGAGCCAAUGUCAGUUGGGAAAUUACAGGUUUUGCCAAAUAAGAGGGAUGCAGUGAGAUUGAGGAAGGGGAAGAGGAAGUGCCAUUGGUGUAGGAGUGGAUCAAGGACAUUGAUUAGGUGUUUGAGUUGUCGAAAAGAGUUUUAUUGCUUGUGUUGCAUCAAAGAGCAGUAUUUAGAGACACAAGAAGAUGUUAGGAUGAAAUGUCCAGUGUGUCGUAGAACUUGCAGCUGUAAGGCCUGCUCAGCAAUUCAAUGUAGGGACAUUGAAUGUAAGGACCUGUCCAAGGAGAGAAGUAAAGUUGACAAGGUUCUGCAUUUUCAUUAUUUAAUCUGUAUGCUUCUUCCUAUACUGAAACAAAUAAAUCAAGAUCAGAGCAUUGAGAUAGAAAUAGAAGCAAAAAUAAAAGGCCUGAAGCCCACAGAAGUUCAAAUCCAGCAGGCUGAAAUCAGCUGCAAUAAGCAAUGUUGUUGCAAUAAUUGCAAGGCUUCCAUAGUGGAUUUCCAUAGGACCUGCCCUGAUUGUUCCUAUAGCCUUUGCUUAAGUUGUUGUCAGGAUAUUUUUCAUGGGAGCUUACAUGGAAGUGUUAAAGGUCUUUUAUGCAAGUGCCCAAAUGGAAGGAAAGCUUGUAUAUCUGGCAAGCAACUUUCAGAAAUGAAAUCACUUUGUGCCACAAAGCUGGGUUAUGGCAGCAGAUUUCUUGGUUCUACAUUCUCACCAUGUCAGGGUGCUGCGCAUUGUAAUGGAAGUAUACCUUGUCCCCCUAGAGAGUUUGGUGGUUGUGGUGGUAGCCUUCUUGAUUUAAGUUGCAUAUUCCCCUUAAGUUGGACCAAAGAGCUGGAAGUGAGUGCAGAAGAAUUAGUUGGCUGCUACGAGUUGCCAGAAACCUUGGAUGUUUGCUCAAGUUGUUCAUUAUGUGCUGGGUUGGAUUGUGAAACAAAUGGGAUUGAGCAGUUGCAAGAAGCAGCUGCAAGAGAAGAUUCUAGCGAUAACCUUUUAUAUUAUCCAACCAUUAUGGAUAUUCGUGGUGAUAACCUUGAACACUUUCAGAAGCACUGGGGCAGAGGUCAACCUGUAAUUGUUCGUAAUGUGCUUCAGAGUACAUCUGAUGUGAGCUGGGAUCCAAUGGUCAUGUUCUGCAAUUAUCUUAAGAAUAAUGCUGCCAGAUCUCAAAAUGGGCAAGCUACAGAUUGUUUGGACUGGUUUGAGGUAGAAAUUGGUGUAAAACAGAUGUUUAUGGGGUCUUUUAAGGGUCUGACAAAUGGCAACAUAUGGCAUGAGAAGCUAAAAUUGAAGGGUUGGCUUUCUUCUAAUUUAUUCCAAGAACAUUUUCCUGCCCAUUACACUGACAUCCUUCAGGCUCUACCACUUCCAGAAUACAUGGACCCCAUCUCUGGUGUUCUAAACAUUGCUGCAGAGUCGCCGCAGGAAACCUUGAAGCCUGAUCUGGGUCCUUGUCUCUAUAUAUCAUAUGGAAGUGGUGAGAGUCUUGCACAGGCCGAUUCUGUGACAAAAUUGCGUUAUAAUUCAUAUGAUGUGGUUAAUAUUUUGGCACAUACAACUGAUGUCCCUGUAUCUACAAAACAGCUUAAUUACAUAAGAAAGUUGAUGACAAAGCACAAGGAACAGAAUAAAGAGAGCAGUGAAGCAACUUUAAAUGAGGAAAAUAUUGAAGUGGAAUUGCAUGAUAUGUUCAGAGAAGAUAUGCAAGUAAACAAGAAAGUUGCUAGAAUAUCUUGGUUCUCUGCUGCAACACAUGAAGCUCAUGCUUCGAGUCUGAAAGAUCGAGAAAUGUUUCAUGAUGGGGAUUCAGAUUCUGAUUCUGACACUGAUACUGAUACUGAAGUAUCAAAAUUUUUCUUUGGACCUGUUAAAAGUUUAAGGACAUCAGAUAAUCUUAAGUUUUAUGGGGAGCACUCCGAGAGCUCCAAUCAUUUCAGAAUGAAAAAACUCUCUGAGUCUUGUGGUGCCCAAUGGGAUGUCUUUCGUAGACAGGAUGUUCCCAAGCUUGCAGAAUACCUUAGAAGGCACUUUAAUGAGUUCACUUACACAUAUGGCUUACAAAAGCAUAUGGUUCAUCCAAUACUUGAUCAGAAUUUCUUUCUUGAUGCAUCUCAUAAAAUGAGACUUAAGGAGGAAUUCAAAAUUGAACCCUGGAGUUUUGAGCAACAUGUUGGAGAAGCAGUUAUUAUUCCUGCUGGAUGCCCUUACCAAAUUAGGAAUCUUAAGUCAUGUGUCAGUGUGGUUUUUGACUUCCUCUCACCGGAAAAUGUUACUGAGUGCAUCCAGCUGAUUGAUGAGUUACGACAACUUCCAGAGAACCAUAAAGCCAAAGUAGACAGUUUAGAGGUGAAGAAAAUGGCAUUGCACAGUAUUAGUAGAGCAGUCAAAGAAAUUCGUGAGCUUACAUGCGCAGAGUAAAUCCUCAUUGAAAUACAUGAAUUCAGGGCCAGCAUGGAUCUCAACGACUAACUGCAAGGACUAAAAAUGGAUAGAUAAUCAUAGCAGGGAAGGAUCUGACAUGGUGGCAUUUGAGCUUCUGCUGUUAUUUCUAGAUGAUUGUGCAGGGUAUUUUGGUUUCUGCAUCAGCAUGUUUUUUUGCAUCCAGAAAUUUUGAUAGAUUCCUCCUGCUUGGUCAUUAAAAAGUUAAUUUUAUCUCAUGGUGCAAAACACCAAUUUUUCCAGAUCAAAGAUUGGCAUUCAUGGUCAUUUCAGCAACAGCUUGUACAUGUGUUCAUUAAGAUUAGCAUUUUUUUUCUCCUUACUGCAACAGCAUGUAUAUAUGAUAGAUCCAUUUGGCUGUAUAUGAUGAUUAAUCCAUUUGUUUUUAAUAGUGAUUGAUCCUUUCGGGUUUUUUAUACAA